AUGGAUUACUCCUACCCCAAUUAUACCCUCCUGGUCAACAACAGCGUCACGGCCGAGAAGCCCGAAACCAAGAGCGACCGCCACCACUUCGACCCCUUCCUGAAGAUCCAACGCACACACCCACAGGACCUCAUCUUCGCCUUCGCGCUACCCAUCCUCGAAGCCUACAACAAUCAAGACUUCUUCUACGAGGCAAACCCGCUACUCUUCGAAGCCCUCUCUAUCUCACCUACUCUCUUCUAUGAUAUCAAGAGCACGAGUGCAGUCCACCUGCUCGUGCGAAGCGGGCUGUUCAUCAAAGUGCAGCUCAAACUCUUCUGCGAUCUCGACUUGGGGUGGGCGGCUGCUACGGUGAAGGUCAAGGACGGUGAUCGUUGGCUGCGACUCGGUGACUUCUUGCGCACUCUGCCAGAGGUGAAGGGCCAAAACUGGGCUCAGGCUGCUCUUGACGAGCAGUGGAAGUCAUGGAGGGCUGUCGCCGAGUCGAAUGCUGCAACAAAGACGUCACUUUCAACAACAGUCACUCACAAACAGACGAGCUUCAUGAGCCUGGCUGCGGAAACACGUAAGCGUAUCUUCCUUUAUGCUGUUGCUGAAUCUAUCGAGCUCCGCUUCACCACACCUAGGCAACUAGAAGAUGGAUCUUACGACUCAGGAGACCUUGUCGUAGAGCCGCUGCAGUACGGAACUUCUGCCAACGGGCUGUCAAUUUUGCAAGGCUCACAGUUCCAACGCAAGGACGAUUGGACUCAGAUUGCUGCACUCAAGCCUGUGCAAACGAACGUGCUUGGUUUCAACAAGGCCUUGCGCGCUGAAGCACUCGAGGCGCUCUGGCUCGAUACCACGAAGGUAUUUCGUCAGCUGCCUGGACUCGAAGGGAGACUCUACUGCAAUUGUGCGGGGAUUGGGUGCUCGGGUCAUAGGCCGAAGCCGGAUGAGUGGAAAGAGGGCUAUAAGCAAUGCGUUUUCGACUUCGAUGACGAUGGCGUUGGCAAAGGCAUGGAGGAGUGUAAGAAAAUCGUUUAUGGGUAG